AUGAGUUGCACAAUUGAAAAAGCCUUAGCAGAUGCAAAAGCACUGGUGGAACGGCUAAGGGAACAUGACAACGCAGCAGAAGCCCUUAUUGAACAGACUACAGCUCUUAACAAGCGGGUUGAAGCAAUGAAACAGUACCAAGAAGAAAUUCAAGAGCUCAAUGAAGUAGCAAGACAUCGUCCUCGAUCUACGUUAGUGAUGGGUAUCCAACAAGAAAACAGACAGAUUAGGGAAUUGCAACAGGAGAAUAAGGAACUACGCACAUCUCUUGAAGAACAUCAGUCUGCCUUGGAACUCAUAAUGAGCAAGUACAGAGAACAGAUGUUUAGGUUGCUUAUGGCAAGCAAAAAGGAUGAUCCAAGUAUAAUAAUGAAGUUAAAAGAGCAACAUUCCAAGGAGCUGCAAGUGCAUGUGGACCAAAUUACAGAAAUGGCAGCAGUAAUGAGAAAAGCCAUUGAAAUUGAUGAGAAGCAUGGCUGUAAAGAGCAGGAACGUAUCAUUCAGCUUGAGCAAGAAAACAAAGGCUUGAGAGAAAUUCUUCAAAUAACUAGAGAAUCAUUCCUGAACAUCAAGAAAGAAGAUGCAUCGGAGAGCACGUCUCUGUCAGGAUUAGUAACAAGCAGUGAUUUGAGCCUGAGAAAAAGCUGAAGACUAUGGAAGUCAACAAGCUUCAAUUGCACACUUUACAAACAGAGUAUCAGGGGUCACUUGUCAAGCACUUGUUACUGAAUAGGGCACCAGCAAGCUAAUGCAUCUUAAACCCCAGUUUAGUGGCUUUUAUACUGCAUAAACUAAAUUGAAAUUGGUAUUCUACAAAAACCUUAGUGACAGAUUAAUUGCCAUAGAUCUAACUUCAGUAGGAAAUGGAUUCAUGCGCUUCCUGAAUUGGGAAUUAUUUUUAUAUAAAGCCAUUUUACAGAUGAAGAUUUCACAUUAUUUAUAUAAACUAUUGCUCAUACAAAGUUUCAGUGCACCUAUUAUGUAAUAAAGGUAAGAUUUGAAGUCUGAUCGCUGGCUAAAAAGUAGUAACUUAUAAGUAUGCUUUGUGCAUGAUCCACAUUACAUAUUUUUUCCUCUUAGUAAGUUUUUUUUAAAAAUUCUCAUUUUGCAACCGACCUGUUUAACAGGAAUGGUACAUAGGCAGCAUAAAACUUAGGGAUUUCUGUUAUUUAGCUACUGAGUAUCCUGUUCAAAUAUAAGGCAAAUUGUUUAAAUACAAGCAAAGCCAUUGAGGUUGUUCCAUUUUUUUAAUGGAACAAG